AUGCAGACAGACCAAGCUGCUAUACAUGGUGAUGCACCAAAACCUACUCAUCCCCACCCAUGCCCUGUAAAAAAGGCUGUGAAACCCAUGGAGACCUCUAACUCAACUACGGCUAAGGAUAAGGCCAUUAGUGCUAAAGGCAAGGGCGGUAGGGCUGGAGAUAAAUCAGCAGCUGGUGCUAAUGUCAAACAUCCUGAGAGUGAUACAGAGGAUGAAGAGCAGGAGGUCUCUACAGCAGGUCCUACAAAAUUUGGUGUUGCUGCUGGGCAUAUUUUGCAUUGGAGGUCAAGCAUCCCUGCAAAGCCUUCCUCUGACACCGCUGCCUUGAAGGACAGACAACCAUCCACCAUGCCUUCUGACUUCUCUAGUAUUGCUCCCUCCUCUAAACUCAUUAGGGGGAGUACUGUUAGUAGCAGUGGUGCCCCACUCACACCCAUCAAUACUAUCACCAGUGCUGGGGCUGAUAGCAUGGCAGAUCAUUUUGUGACUCUGUUUGCAGACAACAAUUUGGAUGAAUCAGUUAAGUACUCUCAGGCCCUUGCCUGGUGUCAAGAUUUCUUCUAUGCCUAUCACAACACCAACCUGGCCCCUAAACAGCUCAAUGCACUUCAGCCUGACACAGUCACUGAUGAUAAUGGCAAUAUGAAUGUUGAGGUGGCUCACCCAGCAGCAGCAUCCCUCAUCGACUAUGCAUCUGACACUGAUAUGGAAUCUGAUCUUGAACCUCCUCCUUCUAUGCAGCACAAACUUGCAGACAUAGAGGAUGACCUGACUGACAAUGAUGCAAUUGAGGAUGACACAAUUGAGGAUGACAUCAUGGUCGGUGAUGACUUUGUUGAUGAUUGUGCCUCCAUGAUUGAGGAAGAUUUGCUCUCAUCUGAAGUUGGGUUCAUGAGUCACAUCAAGCCCAUUGUCAAGAUCAAAUCUGAACCAGUAUCUUUGUGGGUCACAUUCAUGGUAACUAAUGUUGGCAUCAAACACAAAGCUCCUGUGACAAAGUGGACAAAGUCUUCCAUUGCACAUACUUGUAGUCUUUCCAGCAUCUCAAGUGCUAGUUCUGGUGCCACAUUGGGUCCUGUAGAAGUGGAAAUCCUCCCUUGUUCUGCUUACAGGAUCAAAAACCUUCCUGGAGGUUCUCAGGCAGUCACUAGGUGGAGUGUCAUGUUCAUUCCUACUCUCAUUUCUGCCAUUGGAGAUCAAGAUGAAGUCUGGGGUUGA